AUGUGACAUCCUACCGCAUUUGAUGUUAUUCCGUCAAAGAUGAAACCGUGAUUCUACGUAAUUAUGAAAAUAACUAGGCUAUAUAUCAUGUAUCAGUGAUGAUAUUGGUAAAAGAUUUAAGGGACACAAACUGAAAUAGCUGCCGAACUGCACCUCCAGUCUACCAAAGAGCUAAGGACUAUUUCGUGUAGCGAAAAAGCUGUGACUGAACCAUGGAGUCCAGAUCGCUGUGUGAGGAACCCGACUCCAAGAGCUCUCUACCCUGUCCCUCUCCACCAGACUCUGAUUUGGGGGAGGACACAGAGACAGAAGGGUGUGGAGGAGACAGGGACAGGGAGGACAUGUUCCCAGGGGGACAAGAACAUAGAGACCAGGACAGGUCAUAUUCGGAGUCCAGCUCACCUGUGGAUGUCAUCGUUACGACAGACAGCAAAGACAUACCCGAUGACCUGACCAGUACAAACAGCAAAGAUGGCUCCCAUGUCGUCAAAUGGACUGUCAGCAUUGUUAUAGCCAUUCCUAAAGGUGAAGAACCCUGUCCUGUUGGUGAGGUGGUCUUAGUGGAGAAGAAGAAGCCCAAACGUGCUCUGUCCGGUGGAGUGGUGGAGGCCCCUAAGGCCCAGACAUACUACCGUAUAGAGUACAACAUGCUGCCUGGGGACCAGGACCCUGUUAAAGUAGAUCUGGUGAUGUUCGGCCUUGCUGCUAAGAUCUACAUGGAGAAUGAGACCAAGGUGUUGAAGCCGUGGCUUGAAGGGGACCAGGUGUGGUUAGGCUGGUCUCAGUCUGUAAAGGUUAGAGUCACCAGAGAGCUGCUCAUUAAACUGGUGUCUCAUAAAAUCACCUUCAAAAUCUGGGACACCAAGGACAGGGUCUCUGCUAAAGCCAGAUAUGACCGACCCAAAACCUUCCGGCUGCCACAGGCCAAACCAGGGGAAGACAAUGAUCUAGGUGGGAUAAAGAGCAUGGUGUACAAGUUGAGAUCAAUGUUUGAGAAGAAGAAUCCCAGGACCAGAUCGUCCAAUAAGAGAGGAGAUGCCUUGUCCACGGACUUCAAGAGGUUCUCUGAGCUCAAUUGUGUUACAGUUGAGCCCAAGGCAUCCACCACAGAGGUCUCCUCCUCAGCUGCCCUCAACACAGGAUCGCUGGUCUCAGACACAGAACAAUGUGGAACCAGAUCAGGGGAACAGGACCUGCAGUCAGUCGACUCAAAGAGUGCCAAACCUGAUGGCCCAGUGGAACAGGAGAAGGAGAAGGAUUCCGCUUCAUCAAAACCAGCCCAGAAGAAAUCAGCCCUGGACCAGUCUUCCAAAGCCGUAAAAGAAACCAGCAAGACAACCAUUCCUCCUAUGAAGGCUGGUUCAGUGAAGGACAAGUUGGUGGUGCCUAGGAAGAAGGCUCUCGUCAAGUCGACCCUGGAGACUGCUUCUCACAUUGAGCACAUCAGGAGGAACGGAGUGGCAUCACUAGAACUCAGCUACAUAUACCUCCUGGCAGGAGACCGGUGUCUGACUGACUGCCUGGAGACAUAUUCCUCUGGGGUGUACGAGGGUCUGUGUAACAUCACACUUGACCGACCUCUGAUCUCUGAGAAGCUGAAGGCUGAACUCAACCCUCUAGUCAUCACCAUCCUGUCAGCCUCCUCCCUGCCAUCAUCCCCUGUCCCCUUCCAUGUCUUAGAGGAGAAGUGUCUGCCAGUGUACUGCCAGUACCAGUUCCAUAACACAUCUAAGCACCGGACCAAAGGCCAGGAACACAGGACUAAAGUUUACUUCAAUGACGUCAAUGUCAUCAUGACAGGCUUGCUAAGUCCCGGGGAGCUGUUGGAGGUCCUGCGAGGUCCUCCGCUGGAGAUUGAGGUCCACGACAGAGACAGGAAGUUGGAGAAGGUGUCGACCAGCCCCGCCCUGUUUGGGACAUAUCCCAAUGAUGACAAGCCUGUCUCUGGGAAACGGACCAAUCACCACCCCUUCAGAGAGAACAGCAAACACUAUGACCCCUGUGGCCUCGCCAAGCUUAACCUCAAUGACCUGCUACAAGGACAGAGGAGUCUGAAGGUGAACCUGCCGAUCCGCUGUUCCCCACCGCCCCAGCUGUUGAGUAGUGAGAGGAGUGACUGGGAGAGGAAAAUGGCCUCCAUGCCAGGGACAGGAGGGGUGGAUGGGCCAGAGCAACAGCCUGGACACUAUUUUGACGCCAAUUCACAGCUCAAGGUGCAGGUGGAGAUUGCCUGUCCUCUGACGGGAGAAGGUGGGGCCAGUGACGGGGCAUGGGACUGCCCGUUCGGACGCAUCAUAUACCUGUUCAAGUACGCUAAUGUCCCGGUGAUGUCACGGCUUAGGGCGGAGCUACUAAGGAUCAAUGCUGUGGCGUUCCAUCUGGAGGACCAAUCAGAGGAGACUGUGGAGCGGGCAUUGUCGUGUUACAAGAUGGCGGCGCCGGAGAGGGAGAGCCGUGACUUGGACGUGGUGACGGGGUUCCACCUGCUAGAUAAACAAAUCCACCUUUUUGUUCUGGAAGGACUGAAACAUAAAGGUGUCAGGAGACUCUGGGACACAGUCUCCAUACAGUUAACAGGCAGUGAGGAGGACCAGGUGAUGGUUCUCUAUAACUCUGGUCUGAGUUUCUCUAAGCGUCUAUAUACCCGUCUGGAUGUCAGCUUUACUCCCGUCCACCUACACCAACCCCUGGAGACCAUCAUGAGACAACCUCUGGUCUACGUCAGAGACAUGGUGCCUCAUACCUGCUUCCAGGCCAUGUCACGGUUGAGCCUGCUGGUCCAGCUGAGGAAGAUGAAGGACGUUGUCCAGAACAAUCUGUUCCCGUCGGCUGAGAUGGUCCUCUCCAUGACCAAGGAGUUUGGAGCGGUGCACCCUGGGAGGUGGCAGCAGAGGCUGCUGGGUAGUGGUGCAGCAGAGGCUGCUGUGUUGUCACACCAUGGCUCAGAGAACACACAAUGCCACGUGGAUACACACAAUGCUCCCUAUUUACAGUGGAAACAUUACCUCUCCAACCAGCAGAUGAACAAACUCACCAAAGAUUUUAUACAGGUUGUGGUGUCUUGUGUUAUGUUACGCUAUACUAUCCCUGUUUAUGCUAUGCUAUGCUAUGUUAUGAUAUAAUAUGUUAUGUAAAACUAUAUUACGCUAUGUUAUGUUAUUCUAUUUGUUAUUUUAUGUUAUGUUAUGCUACAUUAUGCUAUACUAAUCAAUAUUAUGUUGUGCUAUAUUAUAUUAUGCUAUAUUAUGUUAUGCUAUAUUAUGCUAUGC